CAACUCUAAGCUGUGAUUUUAAACAGCAGCUGAAUACAGUGGGAGCAUUUAGGCACAUUGUAGAUAGCGCACUAAGAAGAAGGGAGAUCGCUGUACAAAACAAAGUCCAAGUUUUUAACUACAGAACUGUGUCAAGCUACUCAGGAUCAGUAUGGCAGAUUUAAAAGCUGAAGUUGAGGCUAACAAUUCCAAGUUUAUGACAGCCUUCAAUGCCAAGAACUUUGAAGAUUUGGGUAACCUGUACACUGAAGACUGCGUGCUGAUGCCCCCAGGUGGUGCAACAGUUACAGGGAGAGAAGCUACUGCCGCAGUUUUUAAAGCGGCCUCUGAUGCCGGAGUCGCAACAGUAACGUUAGAAGUUGAUGACGUCAUUGGUCAGGGUAAUGACGUUGUGUCAGAGAGAAGUAGAUUUACCAUGAAGACGGCAGAGGGCGCCAUUGCUGAUGAAGGAAAGUUUAUUGUCGUUUGGAAGAGGAUAAAUGGACAGUUGUACUUACACUGGGACUGCUUCAACUCGAACAAAAAAUAACUUUUUAUUGAAAUCAAAGAUAUGACCUAAUAAAUUUGAAAAUUUUAGUAAUACUGACGUACAAAUUAUUUGCAGCCUGUGUGCUUUGACAAAACAAGUCCGAAGCUGUAAACGUUUACACGAAAUGUAACCAUUAACUUAGAAGUGUAAACUCGCAUUUAAAAAAUUAUCAAUGUGUGAUGAUAGAAUAAAACAUUAUUUGUAUAAAAUAAUUUUAAUGAGGAAAAGGCUUACACGAUAAGUGUUCUUCUCAAUAUUUUAUCACUUAUGUGUACAAGGGGGUGGGGGUCAUUCCCCGGUACAUUCUGUCAUGAAAAAAAAUUCUGCAAAAAUCGAUCACGUUUAAUUAUUACCCUUUUCUGACUAACAAAAUGAUGUUUUAAUUGAAAAAGCAAAAUAUACAUAAAAGUCUUCCCC